AUGGCUGCAGUUGAUGACAAAAAACGCCAUGGAGGCUCAAAAGUGUCGGCAAUUGCAAAUAUAUUCCAGUCAAAGCCACAACUAGAAAACCUUAGUCAUAGAACAAAUGUUGUUUUAUCGGAUCCCAUGAAAGAUCCUCCAGCACCAUUGAAAGAUUCUCCUACGCAAGUAACGGUUGUACGAACAGAGAGUCACGUUGCUCGAUUUAACAAUGCAAGAGCUUUAUUUGAGAAACUAGGAGAGGAAAACAAGCCGCAUCGCCCAGUGGAUCGAGUAAUGAAACCAACAAAUUUACAUGGACUUCGCUCACGUUCAAGUUCGGCUAAUUCUGGUUCGGGUUGUACGUCUCCUGCUCGGUCACCCAGACCUAGGUCACCAUCGCCAUCAGGUACAAGAGAUCAUUUAAGUAAUUGGAGUGCAAGUGUACCUGCUUUGAAUGCAGAGCGUCAUUUUGAAAAUGGGCAUACUCAUGGCCCUGAAGCAGUCGUAGAUAGAUUAAGACCUAGACCAGGUUUUGGAAGAUCUGAUAAAUUUGAGAAGAAUUAUGGAAAAGAAAAUCGAAUGGACGAGAGACCGGAGAAGCCAGAAAAACCAGAGAGGAGAUUGAAUUCUAAAGAGUUAAUUGAGAAGCAGAAAAACUGGACUAGCCAUUUCUCUAAAACGAGGCCAAGCAGAUAUAAUUCGGAUCCGAAUAGAUCAAUAGUUCAAACAACUUUAAAUCAAAGUUUAAACAGAACUACUGGCGAAAAUGCCACCCCAGGACACUCUCCUGGCUUGCCAACUUAUGAUAAAGAUUCGAGAGGAACAACAGAUGUCACUAAUAAUCUUGCGACAAGGUCAGCUAGUUUUUGUUCUACAAGACCAUCACCAAAUAUGUCUCCACCACCGCCACCUCCUCCAGCCAGAAUUUCGUCGACAAAUAACGUUUGUUCAGGAAUCUCCAGAAAAGAACGACCUGCUAGUGUAGCUGUUAUUAGUCCUACUACUCCUGAACUUCUUUCUAGUCCUAAAAGUCCAGAGUAUGCAACAGUAAAUAAAAAUUUUGAUAUGUUUUCAAACACUCCCGACUACGCAGUUGUCCAGAAGGGUCCUAUUGUACAAGCUUCAAAGGUCUCAAACCUUGCCAGUAUGCAAAAAGAUCAAGAAACCUUUUUACCUGAAUACGCUGUAGUGCAGAAGAAUGUAUCAGGUAGAAUUGUCCCAAAAAAUUCAACGCCUUCAAAAGUUGAAAACGUGGAAGUGUCAAAAACCCCUAGCCAUUUGGAUAAUAAACAUACGACUUUUAAAAGUGGUACAAUAUCAGUAAGUUUAGAGAAUCAGUCCAGUGUCAAAUCUAAUUUAGGUCCAGGGAAAACGCAGCAAAAUACAAAUUAUGUUCCAACUGACAACUCAGGUUUCGAUCAAUUACCUACUCCGGAUUAUUCUAAUUAUCCAAACUGUCCAUUAAGAUCUCCUCCUAAGACAUCAGAAUGGAAAAAUCAAUGGCUUGCCAAAAAUGAGGAAAUUUUAAAAAAUGCUGAUCUUGAUUCACAACCGUUGAAAGAAACUUUGAAUGAAAAUGUGAAGUAUGCAGAAAAACAUCGGUCAGAUUCAAGACCAAACUGGGCAAAACCAAGUAGUGAUACAGUGAAACAAAAGGAAGAAAUCAAUAGAUCUAAAACGGUAGACCGAUCAAAGUCACCUGAAAUCGAGCUUCGACCACCUUCAGCUUGCACAGAUAGUACUUCAUCAGGCAUGAGUUCGCCAAGUUCUCCCUCGAAAGACAGUAAAGAAGAAAAAGCUGAUAAGGAGGUGCUCGAAAAGAAUCAAAAAGGACGUAACAGUUACGACCUGGAAAUAGAGGAUUCGGAUAAACCAACUAUAUACACGGAGAAAAUAGUGGAUCAUGAAUUCAGUCCAGAGAAACCAUUUAGUGAAACAGACACAGCGACAGUUAUUCGAAGGUCUCAUCUUCGAGUGGACAUGCCUGCCGCUGGUUUGGGACCACGCCCACCGUCAGUUGUUAGCUCAGAUCAAGAAUACCCUCCAUUGGAACACAAAGAUAUUCCAAUUCCGUCACCAUAUGCAAAAAGAUUACAGCAUGCACAAAUCUCUGAGUCUACGACACAAAGUAAACAAGGUCAUCAACCGAAAACUGAAAAUGUCGAACAAGGAAAAGGAGGAGCGCCACAACAAGACACGCUUUAUAAAUUUCAAGAAACAGCAGCUAAUCAGAGUUCGUCUUUGCAAACCGCAAUGACGAAGUCGCCAAAUUUGAUCGACAGCUUUUCUCAAAUUCCAAAACCAGAAAUACCAUUAUGUGCUACAAAUGAUCAAUUAAACUCUUCUAAGCAGGAAGCGGUGGCUGACAACAAAGAAAUAUCUGAGGCAACUAAUAAUGUCACAGAUCCAAAAACUAUGCAACAUAAAACGGUUAAUUUAGAAAAAUCCGUGACAAGUACAAAUCAAUCUCUGAAGGCUUCUACCAAUCAAGAUAAGAAUUAUUCUAACGGCACAAAAUCCAUGACAGACUUCAUUAAUUCUGCAACUAAGGAUAAUUUUAACGAAAAUGAAACAAUUUCUAUUACUACUACAACUAAUACUACUGCUACUGCUACUACUACUACUACUACUAAUACUUCUAAGAUGAGAUCCGAUAUAAAUGCUCUGAAAAAUUCAAAUUUGGAUGGCUCAAAUAAGACUAAUAUGUCAAAAGUCGAUGUACUGGGGCAAUCACAAACAACAUGGGAGCAAGAGAAAUUAAAGGCUGAUCAAAUUGCUGCUACGAAAUUGCAACAAGUUUCAAAUAAAUUUUUAUCGAAAGCCCAAGUUGUUGAAUCUACUGACAACUAUCAGGAGCAACAUGUCUCAAGUUCAUUUGAACAUAAAUUAGCCAGUGAUGAAAAAGUAUUUGAAAGUAGUUUGCAAGAAGACAGCGACUCCAGUGAUGCUAAAACUAUUACAAAUAUGGAAAGUCUUUCACCCCAUGUGAAGCAGAGUAUGAACGGCCAAGAUGCAACACCAAUUAGACCCCGAGCUAGUCAAGCAACUCCAGUAACUCCAGACACAAUGACUGCAGACGAAGCUGAAAAUCUUCUGAGCUCUCGCAUAUUGGAAAAGAAAAUUAGACAAGGAUCGGCUUUGCUAUCGGACGAGGAAGCUCAAGAAAUAGCAAGACUUUUGUCACCUACAACAACUACUGCUACACCUGGUGAUAAAGAUAGGGAGCUAGACAGAGACAAUGAACGAGAUAGAGAGGAACAAGACAACACACCAGACUGGCUAUCCGAUGUUCUUUCUGCUCCUGAUUCCAGCGUAGUAAACAGCACCACUCACGAUUACAGUUUGUCUAACAGGUCGCGAAGUGAUCUGACGAUAGACUCCUUGACUGAGAGCCAAAUAGGCUCAGUGACAGGAAGUGAGAGCGGAUUGUUGGGAUCUGUCAGCAGCUUGAAUGACACACAAGAAACUAAUGAUGACACAGAAACUGAACACCAAGACGAUUAUACACCUGUGCCUGGAAAGAUUAUUUUAGUCGAAAAUGGAGUACAUUACUAUGAAGAUGGUCACUUUUGGAUGGAAGUUGCUGGUCUUCCUGAUUCAGAUGAAGAUGACGAAGAUUUACCUCCGACGGUUAUACCUGUGAAGAAAACGAAUAUGAAAGUUUCAUUUGAUACAGGACCAAUGCGGGUUUACUCGACACACUCGGUCAAUGAGUACGAUCGACGCAACGAAGAUGUUGACCCUGUUGCUGCAAGUGCAGAGUAUGAGCUUGAGAAACGUGUUGAAAAAAUGGAGGUUUUCCCAGUGGAGCUAAUGAAAGGGCCAGAAGGACUUGGCUUGAGUAUAAUUGGAAUGGGUGUUGGUGCCGAUGCAGGCCUUGAAAAACUUGGUAUUUUUGUUAAGACGAUUACCGAAAAGGGUGCUGCUGCUCGAGAAGGUCGUAUUCAGGUUAAUGAUCAGAUUGUUGAGGUGGAUGGCAAGUCUCUGAUUGGUGUGACCCAAGCUUAUGCUGCAAGCGUUCUGCGCAAUACCUCAGGUCUAGUACGUUUUCUAAUUGGCAGAGAACGGGACCCUCGUAAUUCUGAAGUGGCCAUGCUCAUUCGGCAGAGCUUACAAGCUGAUCGGGAGCGUGAGGAAGCCAAUGGAUCUACAACAAGAAGACUAAAUUUUUCGGACGGAACUUCGCCGGAUAGCCAACGAGUUGGAAUGGGUGAAGAAAACUCCUCGAUGAGUGGUCUGGGUGGAGGUAUACCUGGGUCUCCUACCAUGUCAUCUUGCUCGGAAGGCGAACCUCCAGCAAGCCCGAUUGAUGCAUAUUCGUCACCGGCUAGUCGAAGUCGGUCACCCAUCAUUAGUUCAUCCUUACCAUUGCCUUCUACUACUCCAACAACGACAACACAGAGUGACGUAGACAGCCUUCGAAUUCUCCUACAGGAGAGUCAGUAUAAGCUUGCCUUAGCCGACGGAGAGGUGGAAAACCUCAAAACAAAGUUGGUAGAGCUGGAGAAUACUGGAGCAGGGAGCGAAGAAUAUGCUGCAAAAUUACGGGAAUCUGGAUUGCGAUUACACGAAUCGGAGCGUGCUCUGAGUAUAGCACGUCAAGAUUUAGCGUCUGUCCGUGAAAUGCUCUCCCAAGCAACAGCUCAAAAUUCAGCCAUUCAACAAAAAUAUGCACGAGCAAGACGGGCUGCCCGAGAACUCAGAGCUGAUAUUAUUGCACGAGAUGAGUUUUAUCAACAGCUUUUACAUGAGAAAGAUGCAGAGUAUAACUCAUUAGUGAAAUGCCUCAAAGACAGGGUAAUAGCAUUAGAAAUGGAAUUGACCGAAACUCAAAGGAGAUUUGGACUUCCAGUACGAUUGCCGUAUGAUGGUGCAACGACACGCAUUGUGACACCCCAGCCAACAAGACGCCAAAUGCCACCUCCACCUUCUGCGGCAAGUUGUCAAUUAUCAGAUACAGAGGUUUCUGAUCUUAGCAGUCCUGAUGAUGGAGACAAAACAGCCACCGUAGAACGCAAACUGCCGUUGCCAUUACCAGUCAAAGAAGAACUCGAUCGAGCUGUGCCAGCUCAUCGCCUUCUCGAUAAUUCAGCAGGUAAAAGUAAAGCUGAACUUGCUAGUCGAGGUGGACUUGCAAAUCGUCAACUUCCCAAACGACCUGGUGGUCUCAGCAAUAGCAGCUCAGACUAUGGGUUAGAUGAGUCUGGCGACAAUACAGACGAAGAUUUAUCCUCAAAGAAUACUAGUGCUCAUGACGGAAUAACUCGUUCUGCUAAUGAUUUGUCACGACCUUCAAACUUAAGUUCCUACUCGAGCAGCUCAUCAAUCAGUUCACAAAAAAGCAAGCAACACUUGGAAUCGACUACGUCUGUGCGCCAACAUAGUACAAUUAGCUCGCAAGUGAGAGCUAUGACUGAACAAAGCUGGCCCCCUCCACAGAAAGGUCUGUCAGGCCCUCCUGCAUCACUAGCAGAGCAAUUAAAACAAGUCUUAGCUGAAAGAGAGCGCAGGUUAGGUGGAAAUGAUAUGUCAUCUUCUAGAGAAAGCUCUGGGGAUUUCACAGACUUGAAUAAUCCUCAGUCCAGUGAUCCAACUCUUGUGACACAUCAUUUGGUGGAGGAAAUUCGACAGGCUGUCAAUGAAGCAAGUCAAAGAGUUAAAAAAGUAGCAGUUCCUCCACAGAACUUGAUUGGUAGUGGAACUGCACCGUGGCACCAUCCAGGUGGAUCUCCAUCAAGUCUUUCAUCAGGAGGUUCUAUUAGUCCACCUGGAGCUGAUCCGAGUCCAUCAAAAACUGGUAGCGCAGAUUCAAGUGAAGUUUGGCUUCCUCCUCAUCCCAGUGAUUUUGGCUUGGGAGAUAAAAAAACAUCCCACUUUUGGCAGAAUGCUCCUAUCACUGAUUGGUCCAAAGAACAGGUGUGCCAAUGGUUAUCAGCAAUGGGUCUUGAACGUUAUGCUCCACGUUUUCUCGAUGCUGGAAUAGCAGGAGGGGGUCUCUUAAGACUUGAAUCACGCGACUUGAAAGCUCUUGGUGUCGCAGGAGAGGAAAAAGCACGACUGAAACGAAAAUUGAAAGAAUUGCGAGCCCAAGCUGAACGUGAGCGUAAAGAGCGCAAAGAAUUAGAGCGGAUGCGACGCAAAGCUGAAAAGGCAGCUAAAAAGAAGUAAUUGUAGCAGACAGUCCUGAUAGAGAUUCCUACUUUUAUAUAACUCAAAAGGCAAUAAGAAGUACGAAUUUUUUAAAAUAAAUUCUGAAUAAAAACUCAGGCAGUCAAACCGGUAAUUUUUUAUAUAAUGAUUCAAGAUUUAUCUUCAUUCCAUAAUGUAUAAGUCUCUCUCGCCGUUUGACCAUUGUUUAUUUCUUGCAAGGCAAUUAAAAAAAAAAUGUAUGAAUCAUCUGAGUGCUCCACAUACAGUUGGAUCAUAAUAGCUUGAAUGAAACGAGAUGAAUGAAUGUGUUACUAAUAAAAAUCUUUGUCUGUAUAACUUUCAAAGUGGCAUAACUUUUCAACUGAUUACCUAUUAUCUUUUAAUCGGUCAGACGUUUAAAAUGGUUCCAGAGAGUAUUCAAUUUGGUUUAUCAUUCUACGUAUCUCCUGCACUCUUCACAUUGCGAAACAGUCUACAUUUCAUCAACUACUGAAGUAUUUUUUUGUAUAGGUUCAUCAUAAUAAGACCUCUGGCUUAUCAAUAUAUAGUAAUAAUCAGUAGCUGUGAAACUAAACGUUGUUGACUUUGAGAGUAAUCAUUUAGAAAUAUUGUUUUAAAAUAUUAACCUUUCAUCAGUUCGCUUGAAUUGUUACUCAUAAUAACAUUACAGUCAGUCAAAUACGCGAAAUACAAUAACAAGCAAUGCAUUCUUAAGUUCGCGUAUAUUUUACUUUCCAUCAAAUCUCCAAUCAUUUAGGUGGUAAAUAAUAAAAAAUAGAUAUUUCGUCUGCAGGCUUAUCAAAGGAAGAUUGCUUAUGCUGUAUAGUAUUAAAAGUAAUAAC